AUGGAUGUGAGGCCGAUUGAGGAGGUGGUCGUCGUUCUCCUGAGUGUCCGGCCCGCCGAGGAGAGCGCGAGCGAGGACGACACGUGGCCCGCUGCGCUUCGCUGGACCACCGCGAUGAUUCACUCGCUCGUCAAGUGGGUGUCGAAGCAUGGCGCUCGGGCCUGGGCAUCAAUCGCGGCGCUGGUCAACCGCGAGUGCGACAGCUCGGUGACUGACGAGCAAUGCAAGGCGAUGUGGGACGAGCUCACAGCGCCGCGGCUGUUCCAUCCCUGGUCGGCGGAGGCCGCGGCGAUGACGCCGAACCCGUACGUGGAGGACUGGUUUUCCAUCGAGGACAUGUGGCUCGAGCGCCUGCUCCGCUACCAGAUCGCUGCGCUGGACGUAUCGCCGCAGCCCACCACGGCGGACAUCGACUGGGAGGGCCUGGCCGACCGCCUGCAUGCGCGGGUAUCCGAAGACGCCGAGCUUGACGGCUCAACAUAUGGGCUCACCAGGUCCGCAAACGACGUCUGGAAGCGCGCCGUUCUGGUCCUGGACGCCCAGCUGCACUGGCUGGCGCCGGACCAGGCGCCCAACAACCAGUAG